UUAUAUCAUUACCAUCUCAUCCUAAGCUUGCUAGCUACCUUGAUCAUUCUGAUCACUCACAAUGGCAGUCAAGUGUCUAUUUCUGCUUGGUGUCGUACUAGCUUCUUUCCUGCUUCUCUGCCAGGAUGGAGCAGAUGCUAGAGAGCUCACCGAAGCUAAACCUAAAGAAUCCGAGGAGAAGAAUAUGGAACCUGGGUAUGGAAACAAUGGGGGAGGAUAUGGAAACAAUGGAGGAUACGAAAACAAUGGAGGAGGAUAUGGAAACAAUGGCGGAGGAUACGGAAACGGUGGUGGAUACCAGCACGGUGGAGGAUAUGGAAACAAUGGUGGUGGGUAUCAGCACGGUGGAGGAUAUGGAAACAACGGUGGUGGGUAUGGUGGAGGGUCUGGAAACAACGGUGGUGGGUAUGGUGGAGGGUCUGGAAAUCCUGGAUAUGGUGGUGGGUAUGGCAAUCCUGGCUAUGGCGGUGGCAACUAUGGUGGAUAUGGCAAUGGUGGUAAUGACCCAGGACAUGGUGGUGGGUACGGCAAUCCUGGCUACGGUGGUGGCAACAAUGGUGGAUAUGGCGGUGGCUCCGGUGGAGGGUAUGGCACUGGUGGCGGGUCUGGAGGGGGUGGAGGUUACGGUGGAGGAUCCGGUGGUGGUGGCGGCGGUUAUCCUUGAGGUGAAUGUCGUGAAAAAUGUCAAAAUGGUGAUGGUACCAAGAAGCAACUAGACAUAUAUAUGUUUUAAAUAAAACAUGGCAAGUCUCAAAAAAUCAUGAUUGAUGUGCUUCAAUAAAUUUUGCUCCUUAUGCUCGCUUUUACGAGCAAGGUGCCUAUAAGAGCAACAAACCAGACGAUCAAGAUAGCCGUGUGCAGUCUCAUGUUUAUGCACAGUAUGUCAUAUAGAUUCUAGAUAUUGUGGCACAUGUUGUAUGGAAUUCCAUAAAGGAAUAAUUGUCUAGUUUGUUUUUCUCUAGCUCAAUAAAUCAAUUUUGCUUUAGUA